AUGUAUUUAUUUCUUUUUCAGGAACCACCAUUUAUCCAGAAGCGCAAUUCCACAGACUCCCUUUUGGAUGACCCAGUCAUUACAAAAAACAACACUCGUUUGGAAGGUUUCUGUAUAGACAUCUUGAAAGCUAUGUCCCGGCUCUUAAAAUUUCAGUAUACCAUUUAUUUGGCCCCAGAUGGAAAGUAUGGCAGCAAGAAAAAACAUGGAUGGACUGGAAUGGUUCGUGAACUUAUUGAUAACAAAGCAGACAUGGCACUCGCUCCGUUCAGUGUUACUCCGGAAAGAUCAAGCGUUGUGGACUUCACGAAAUCCUUUAUGACGAAAGGUACCACAGUUGUUGUCAAGAAACCUCAGCGGACAGUGUGGAUGUUUCAGUUUUUGUUUCCCCUUUCUAACUACGUGUGGAUUGCAAUUUUCGUAUCAUUUGUUGUGGUCAGUCUGGCCUUGUUCGGCGUGAGUCGAGUCAACGCCGACAAGCAUCGUAAAUACACACACAACUUCUUGGAAAGCUUUUGGUACAUUUGGGGAACUCUUUUGCGCGGGAGUCUGAAAAGCUCUCCGCUGGCCGUUUCGAGUCGUAUAAUCAGCAGCUCUUGGUGGCUUUUUUCUCUUAUCAUCAUUUCAGUAUACACCGCCAAUUUAGCCGCUUUUCUUACUGUCACCAAUAUAUAUCUGCCAAUUGAGAACGCUGCCGACCUGGCGUUCCAGAAUACUUACGACUACGGAACGGUUAACGGCAGUCAAAUUGAGGAUUUUUUCAAGCAUACAAAUAUCAGUCACUACAGUAAAAUGUGGCUGCACAUGAAACUAACCCCAGGAAGCAUUGUCCAGCGUGUUGAACACGGCCUGGAAAGAGCUAGAAACAGUAAAUAUGCCUUCAUUUGGGAUUCACCAACAUUGCGGUGGGAAAUCGCCGACAAGUGCGAUUUGAUGGAAAUAGGCAACCCGUUCGACCUGAAAGGUUACGGAUUUGCUGUGCGAAAAGACACCCCUUUUACAGAGGCUCUUUCCAACGCUAUCUUAAAACUUGGGGACACAGGCGAACGACAAAAAAUCGAAGGAAAGUAA